AUGUCGAGCCUUCAGCAGGCUGGUGGCCGCUCGCUCAUUGCUCUCAUCGCGGAUGAGGACUCCACGACGGGGUUUAUCCUCGCUGGCAUUGGUGAUGUGAAUAAGGAAGGCGAUAAGAACUUUUUUGUCGUCGACAACAAGACGGCAACUGGAGAUAUCGAGGAGGCAUUUAGUCGCUUUACGAAGGAGCGUGACGACAUCGCUAUUGUGCUAAUCAACCAACAUAUCGCCGAUAAGAUUCGCCCUCUAGUGGACAAAUACAACCAAGCUUUCCCGGCCUUGCUGGAAAUCCCCAGCAAAGAUCACCCAUACGGUAUGCGGACUGUUGCGACUAACCGCAGACCCUACCAAGGACGGUGUACUGAAGCGUGUCCAAAAGGUAGGCGAUUCUGCUACUCACUCUCUAGAUCUUUGGCGAGUAAGAGCCUCAUGUAA